GUUGCAGGAAGUGUUUUUUUGAACAAAUGUAAACGAGUUAAUAAAAGGAAAAAGGUAGAUCAGCGAACAAGACUUUUUUGGGAGCAAAAUAAUUGUUAUAUUGUCGUGUUUUUUCUCAGUCAUUUCCUCAAUCUUGCUAUAUUAAUAAUAUCCAAACUCCCAUACUUCUUCAUUUCAGAACCAACAUUUAUUGCCAAAGUCUUUCAGAAUUACUGCCUUGAUCCAAUUUUCUACCUCAGGAAAUGGAGAACGACGCUGCGGAUUUUAAUGAAUCAGCAAACUCUGUAAUUGGGUUGUUAUUGUUAAUUAUUCUCGACUGUAUCAUCAUCAUCCUUGAAAACUAUUACAUUAGUUGUUGGCAGCUCUGGAGAGUUUGGUUAGCCAGCAAGUGCCGUAGAGUUGAAGAAGUUGCAACCAAGAAACUUUGCAUCGACAGAAAUGCAAGUGAGAGGCUGCCACAAGAAGUGGAAAUGCUGACAGAUAAACCAGAAGCAGUUUCGACAGAGAACGCCUGCUGUCAUAAUGAAGAGCUGAGUACAGAAGAGUUGACAACGGUGCUGAGUGUGCUGGGAACUUGUUAUGACCCAGAUGGCGACAAGCUUCAGGAUAAGCUGGGGUCAAACGACAUUACUGCUCUCUUCGAAGAGCAGGAGCCAAGCCUCCAAGAAGUAAAAGAAGCUUUCUCCGUCUUUGAUCAAAAUAAAGAUGGUUCCAUUGAUGCAACUGAGUUGAACAAAGUCCUUCGCACAUUGUGUUUCCCACAAGCCUCAGAAGCAGAUUGCACGAGGAUGAUUAAUGCCUUUGAUGAUAAUGGAGAUGGAGUCAUAGACUUGGAUGAAUUUGUAAGACUCAUUGCGAGUAGUUUUAGCUAAGUAAUAUGUUUAUAUAUAUUUCUUUUUUCCUUCAA